GACCCAAUCGUGGCCAAGAGAGAGAGUGAGUGAGUGCCCUUGGCAGUGAGCCCAAGUCGGCAGCACGGCAGCAGCAUCACAGCCCCCUAACCCGCCCGAGUAGAAUCCUAAAAAGAAGCCGCAUCCUGCCCGGAGGACUGCCGGACAAAUGGCGUUCAGCAACUCCCCGGGAUUUCUGGAAAACAACGUGUUCGAAGACGCCGUUUUUAGGGGCGCCACGGCCGACAGCUUCGUGGUGGUGUCGCAAACGCCCGAGAGACUGUCCGUGGCUUCCCCCUCCUCCGUCUCAUCCUCAUCCUCCUCGCUCUACAACAGAGAGUGGCGGGCGGCUGAUCUGACCGGCGGCGGUAGCCUGGCGUCUCUGAUGUGCUGUACCGAUGAGCGUGAUCGUGUUCAGAAGAAAACCUUCACGAAAUGGGUGAACAAGCACCUGAUGAAGCACUGGAAAAAAGAGGUGCGGAAGCACGUGAACGACAUGUACGAAGACCUCCGGGACGGUCACAACCUCAUCUCUCUGCUGGAAGUGCUGUCAGGAGAGAAGCUGCCAAGGGAACGUGAUAUUUUCAAGCAAUUGCGACUGCCUCGUGAGAAAGGCCGCAUGAGGUUCCAUCGUCUCCACAACGUCCAGAUAGCCCUCGACUUCCUGCGUCUUCGCCAGAUCAAGCUGGUGAACAUCCGGAGCGAUGACAUCGCGGACGGAAACCCCAAGCUCACCCUUGGGCUCAUCUGGACCAUCAUCCUUCACUUCCAGAUCGCGGACAUCCAGGUGUCGGGCCAGUCCGAGGACAUGACCGCCAAGGACCGGCUGCUGUUGUGGUCACAGCGCAUGGUGGAGGGCUACCCGGGCAUCCGCUGCAACAACUUCACGACGUCGUGGCGCGACGGACGACUCUUCAACGCCAUCAUCCACCGCCACCGACCGGAACUGAUUGACAUGAAGCGAGUGGCCGUUCAGGCCAACCGAGAAAACCUGGAGCAGGCCUUCACGGUGGCGGAGCACGACAUGGGUGUCACGCGGCUGCUGGAUCCCGAAGAUGUGGACGUGCCAUCCCCGGAUGAGAAAUCCAUCAUCACCUACGUGUCGUCCCUCUACGACGUCAUCCCCAGGAUGCCGGAGGUCAACUCUGGGCUGAAUGCAAAUGAGGUGGAGUUGCGCUGGACAGAGUACCAGGAAAUCGUGGUGAUCAUCAUGCAGUGGAUCCGCCAGUACAUCAUCAUGUUCCAGACUCGGGCCAACUCUGCCAACCCCACAGACCUCAGGGCCCAGUACAGCCAGCUGGUGCACUUCCGCGAGGUCGAGCUGCCGGCCAAGGAGGCGGAGCGUCUGCGCAUGAAGAGCCUCUUCAUGAUGAUGGAGAACUUGAUCCAGUCUGGCCACAUCAAGAUGCCUGUUGGCUACCACCCCAGCGACAUGGACAAGGAGUGGAACAAGAUGCUCCUCACGAUGUCCGAGCGGGAGAGGGAAAUGAAGGUUGAGAUCGACAGGCUGGACAUGCUGCAGAGAGUCGCCGGCAAGAUACAGAAGGACGCCUUGGUCUGUGAAGAUCGCCUCAAUCAGUCCAGCAGCAUGCUUCAAAUGGACAUUCGGGCGCUGGAGAACCACCGGGCUCCGCAGCACGAGGCCGACAUCGAGCGGUCGCUCAACGAGUGCGACGCCAUGAUCCGCGAGCUCUUCAUCGACGUGCAGACGCUCAAGGAUGGCCGCUUCUUCCAGGCCGAGCUCAUGUACCGAAGAGUCUUCCAGCUGCACGAGCGCUUUGUGUCCAUCCGCUCCGAGUACAAAACCACGGUGGGCGCUUCCAACAUGAGCUCGGAGGUGAUCAGCGUGAAGGUGCCGACGAUCCAGGUGACCUCGCCCCGACCUCAGGACGACUCCAACAUGAAAUACGUGCGCGACCUGCUCGCGUGGGUGGAGGAGCACCAGGCUCAGAUUGAAAAGGCCGAGUGGGGCACUGACCUGCCCAGUGUGGAGGGCAACCUUGAGAAACAUCGCGAAUUCAACCGCACCAUUGAAGACUUCCGCUCCAGCAUCAACGAAGCAAAGGCCGGCGAGUCCAAGAUAUCACCAGCAAACAGAGGGAAUUAUGCCGAUUACUUCGGAAGACUGGAACUGCAGUAUACUCGCUUGCUGAACAUGUCGAGGAGCCGCCUGCGUCACCUGGAGAGCCUCCACGCCUUCGUGGUCCGCGCCACCAAGGAGCUCAUGUGGCUCAACGACCGCGAGGAGGAGGAGGUGAACUACGACUGGAGCGAGCGCAACCCCAACAUGAGCGUCAAGAAGGAGCAGCACGCCGUGCUCAUGAAGGAGCUGGAGCAGAAGGAGUCGAUCAUAAACGGCAUUCAGGACAGCGGGGAGCAGCUUCUGGCCAGCAACCACCCAGCUCGUCAGACCAUUGAGUCCUACCUGGCUGCCAUGCAGACCCAGUGGAACUGGAUCCUGCAGAUCUGCUGCUGCAUCGAGACACACAUCAAGGAGAACACGGCCUACUUCCAGUUCUUCAAAGAGGCAAAGGAUGUGGAGGAGGGCCUCAAGAGCCUGCAGGAGACGAUCCGCCGCAAGUACACGUGCGACAAGGCCAGCAGUCUCACACGGCUGGAGGACAUCGUCCAGGAUUCGAUGGAUGAGAAAGAGCAGCUGCUGGAGUACAAGCGCCUGGUGUCGGGGUUGGUGAGCCGCGCCAAGACGAUCGUUCAGCUGAAGCCGCGGAGUCCCGAGAACCGCGUGUGGAGCACACUGCCCGUGAAGGCCAUCUGCGACUUCAAGCAGCAGGAGAUCACAAUCUACAAGAAUGACGAGUGUGUGAUGGAGGACAAUGCCCAGUGCACCAAGUGGAAGAUCAUCAAUCCCAUCGGCAACGAGGCCCUGGUGCCAUCCGUGUGCUUCCUCAUCGCCCCUCCAAACAAGGACGCCAUCGAGCUCGCCACCCGAAUGGACCAGAGCUAUCAGAACACCAUGACCUUGUGGCACCAGCUGCAUGUGAAUAUGAAGAGCGUCAUCUCCUACCUCUACCUCACCAAGGACAUUGAGUGCAUUCGCAGUUGGACUGUGACAAUGUUCAAGACGAUGCCUCCGGAUCAGUACGAGUCGGUGAUGAAGAACCUGGAGGUGCACUAUGAGGACUUCCUGGAGGACAGCCGCGACUCGCAGCUCUUCUCCAGCACGGACCGCAUGACGCUGGAGAGGGACAUGAGCUCCUGCAAGCAGUACUUCGACCAGCUGCUCAUCACCCUCGAGAGAGAGGAGCGCGACGAGAGCAUCUGCAGCACCCUCCUGGUGCAGCUGCAGACCAUCAGGCGGCGGCUGGAGGCUUCGGAGGACCGCAUGAUCCGGAACAUCCGCUCCCCGCUCGAGCAGCCCGACCCCGUGCAGGAGAGCUCGCAGAGAAUCAUGGAGCACGAGAAACUCCACCAAGAUCUGGAGGACGUAAAGGUGGACUUGAGCCGUGUGGUCACGGAGUGCUCGGAGGUCCUGGCGCAGGGCAACCAGUCCGGCAGCUCGCCGAUGCUCAGCUCUGAGCUCAACCACACCACCCAGAAGAUGGAUCAGCUUCACUCGCUGUCCACCAUCUACCUGGAAAGGCUGAAGAACAUCGACUCGGUGGUGCGGAGCUCGCAGGGCGCCGAGACCAUCGUGCGCACGUUCGAGAACCGCCUGUGUGAGGACGACACCCUCCCCACAGACGUGCAGGGCAUCGAGGCCUACAAGACUCAGCUGAAGCAAUGGCGUUUGGAGGUGGAGCAGAAGAAGGCGGUGUUCUUCGCGAUGGAGGACGAGCUGCAGCGGGCGCGCUCCGUCAACGAGCGCAUGCUGCGCAGCCAUGGCGAGCGCGACGUCGACCUCGACCAGCAGCGGCACAAGGUGGAGCAGCUGCUGGAGCGCUGGGCCGGCGUGCAGACGCAGAUCGACUACAGACUGAGGGAGCUGGACAACCUGGCCAAGCUUCUGCGCAGCUAUCGAGAGGGCUCGGGCUGGCUACUCACGUGGGUGGACGACACGCUCAAGCUUCAGGAGAAGCUGCAGGCCACCAAGAUAGAGGAUGUCCGAGGGCUGGAGGAGCAGCUCGAUAGAGAGAAGAGCCUGGCCAAUGACAUUGAGAAGAACCAGAUCAAGGUGGAUGAGAGCCAGAAGUCUUCCGACCAGUACCACACUGCAGCUAAGGAAUACGAGAUGCACCUUCUCAUAUACAAGGCCACGGCAGACACUCACGGAGGUCUCAAGUCUCCCAUCAAGCGCCGCCGCCUGGUCUCCACGUCCGACUCUGUGCUGCAGGAGUACAUGACUCUACGGACCCGCUACACGGCCCUUGUCACCAUGACAAGCCAAUACGUCAAGUUCCUCAACGAGACCCUCAAACGCCUACAGGAUGAGCAGAAGCGCUCGGAGAAGGUCACGCAGCAGCAGGCGGAGCACACCCAGCGCGAGGUGGACACGGCCAUCUUCAAGCUGACGGAGAUCCAGGUGGAGCUGGAGCGCCAGCGGCAGCUGUCGGACGUGUACGCGCAGGAAAAGGUGCAGGCGGAGCGCGAGGCCGACAAGCUGCGGCGCAUCGUCCAGGAGGAGGCGGAGAAGCGGCGGAACACCGUCGAGGCGGCCGCCGUCCAGAAACAGGCCAUCGAGCAGGAGAUGGUGGAGCUCAAGAACCGCUCCGAGUCGGAGGUGCGCCGGCAGGCCACCCUGGUGGAAGAGGUGCUCACGCAGCGGCGUCAGAUCGAGGAGGAGAUACGCAUCAUCCGCGUCGAGUUCGAGAGGACGGCGCGGCAGAAGGCCGAUGCGGAGGGCGAGCUAGCGCGCCUCCGGGCCCUGGCCGAGGAGGCGGCCAAGCAGAGGCACCACGCCGAGCAGGAGGCAGCACGCUACCGCAAACUCGCCGAGGAGGAGGCAAGCAAGAAGAAGCUGGCCGAGGAGGAGCUCCAGAAGAAGGUCGCGGCGGAGCAGACGGCCGCCAACCAGAAGAGGCAGGCCCUGCUCGAGGUCGAGCGCCUGAAGAAGAUGGCGGAGGAGGCCCAGAAGAAGAAAGAUCAGGCGGAGGAGGAGGCCAAGAAGCAGAUCCGCCUGGCGAAGGAGGUGGCGCAGCAGAGCAUCGAGGUGGAGAUCCAGGCGCGGAGGGUGUCCUUCGUGGAGAAGGUCAACGAGCUGGAGCAGAGCCGCCAGCAGGAGCACACGAUGAUGACGGCGCUGCAAGAGGAGUCGCAGCGGCGCAAGAAGAUGGUGGAGGAAGCAGAGAGGGCUCGGCAGGCGGCCGAGAUGGAGUUGGAAAAGUGGCGGCAGAAGGCCGACGAGGCGCUGCGUCUGAAGCUUCAGGCCGAGAAGCAGGCCCAGCAGAAGAGUCUGGCUCUAGAGGAGGCGGAGAAACAGAAGUCGGAGGCCGAGAGGGAAACGUCCAGGAGGACCCAGUCGCAGGAGUCUACCCUGCGCCAGAAGGUCAUGGCGGAGGAGGAGCUGGAGAGGCAGAAGGCCAUCGCCGAGGAGACAUCGCAGCAAAAGUUGCAGGCGGAGCAGGAGCUCAUUCGCCUUCGCGCCAUCAUGGCCGACUCAGAGCAGCAGAAGUCCCUGCUGGACGAAGAGCUGAUGCGCCUCAAGGCAGAGGUCGCUGAGGCGGUGCGCCAAAAGAAGGUGCUGGAGGAGGAGCUCGCGAAGGUUCGGGCCCAGAUGGAGGAGCUGAUCAAGCUGAAGCACAAAACGGAGGAGGAUAACAAGAAGAAAUCCAAAGAGGAGAAAGAGAAAACGCAAAAAAUAAUGGAGGAAGAGGCUUUGAAGAUGAAGGAGCUUGCAGAGGAGGCCGCUCGUCUGAGGGCUAUGGCUGACGAAGCCAUGCGCCAGCGACAUCUGGCAGAGGAGGAAGCAACUCACCAACGGGCGGAAGCAGAGCGCAUUCUCAAGGAGAAACUGAACGCCAUCCAGGAGACCAGCAAGCUCAAAGCAGAGGCUGAGAUCACCCUGAAGGAGCGCGAGAGGGAAAAUGAGCGGCUGAAACGGCUCGCUGAGGAAGAGGCUCACCAGCGACGGAUGCUGCAAGAGCAGGCGACCCAGCAGAAGCAAGCAAUUGAGGAGGAAAUGGCAAGAAUCCGACAGCAAUCUGACCUUGAAAUGCAGCGCCAGAAGGCUUUAGUGGACGAGACGAUCAUUCAACGCCGAUUGAUAGAGGAAGAGAUACAUAUUUUGAAGAUCGAGUUUGAAAAGGCGUCCAAGGGAAAGCUCGACCUUGAAGGAGAGCUGAAGAGGCUGAAGAUAAUGGCUGAUGAAACAACCCGGCUCAAGGAAAAUGCCGAAGAAGAGGCGAACAAGCAGAAAAAAAUAGCGAUGGAUGAAACUAUGCGCAAGAAAGAGGCUCAGGAAGAAGUGUCCCGCAAGACGAUCGCCGAGCAGCAGGCUGCGCAGCAGUGGAAGGCAGCCAUGGAGGAGCUGGAGAAGCUCAGGAGGAAGGCGGAUGAGGCGAUGAUGCUGAAACAGAAGGCCGAAGAUGAGGCAGCACGUCAGGUGAAGUUGGCGCAUGAAGCGGCGCAGACGCGUAUCAACGCUGAGGAAAUGGCACGCCAGGCGGCUCUGGCCGAGAAGGACGCCGAGAUGAAGAAGCUCCGGCAGAGAGAGGAGAAGACGGUGGAGCAACUUCGCAUGGAAGCCGACCGCACGCGCAAAGCGGCGGAGCAGGCGGAGAAGGCCCGGAUCGCCGCCGAGAAGGAGGCCAGCAUGAUCCGGCAGCAGGCCGAGGAGGCUCUGGUGCUUAAGCUUCGGGCGGAGCAAGAAGCCGAGCUGAAGGCCCGCCUCCAGGAGGAGGCGGAGAAGCACAGGCGUGAGGCAGAGCACGAGGCGGGGAAGCGCACUCAGGCCGAGGAGGCUGCGCUGCGCCUGAAGGCCUUGGCCGAGGCCGAGGCGGAGCGGCAAAGGCGCAUCGCUGAGGAGACGCAAAAACAGAAGUCGUUGGCCGAACAGGAGCUCACUCGUCUGCGGACGAUUCUGGAGGACAGCGACCACCAAAAGUCAAUUCUGGAGGAGGAGCUGAUGAGAAUGAAAGGUGAAGUGGCGGAGGCGAUCAGGCAGAAAGGCCUCGUGGAAGAGGAGCUGGCUCGUCUCAAGGCCCAGAUGGAAGAGCUGCUCCGGCUGAAGGCACAGAAUGAAAUGGACAACCGCAAGCGCGCUGCCAACGAUUCCGAGAACAUGAAGAAGAUGCUCGAGGAGGAGGCGGCCAAGAUGAAGCAACUCGCCGAAGAGGCCGGCCGGCUCCGCACCAACUCGGACGAGUCGGCGCGGCUCCGCAAGCAAGCGGAGGAGGAGCUGGCGCAGCAGAGGGCUCUUGCCGAGCGUCUGGCGCGCGAGAAGCUGCAGGCCAUCCAGGAGGCCAGCCAGCUGCGCGCCGAGGCCCAGGCGGUGCAGCGGCAGUUCGACCAGGCGCAGGAGAGGGCCAAGAAGCUGUCGGAGGACAGGACGGAGAUUCAGAAGAAGCUCGAGGUGGAGACUCAGACGUUCCAGCGCACACUGGAGCAGGAGAGGCAGAGGCAGCACGAGGUGAACAUCGAGGCGGAGCGGCUGCGGAUGCUCGUGUCGGAGCUGACGAAGGAACGCGCGCGCGCCCAGGAAGAGUCCAUCAGCCUCAAGUCACAGAUGGACGAGAUCAACUCCAAGAGGGUGUCGGCCGAGCGGCACGCCCAGGAGAAGAUCCAGCUCCUGCAGAAGAUGGACGUCCAGAAGUCCCAGACGGAUAGCGAGGCAUCGAGGUUGAGGGCCACGAUUUCUGAGCUGGAGCGUGAGAGGGAGAGGCUGAAGAGGGAGGCAGAAAAGGCCCAUACCGAGGCUCACGAGCAGCAGGUGAGAAUGCAAACCGAGUUCAAGGAACAGACGGCUCAGCUGUGCCGGGUGAAUGAAACCGAAGCCAGGAAGCAAAAAGCGAUGUCAGAUCAAGAAUUUGGCCGCCUCAAGACACAGCUAGAAGAUCAGGAAAGGCAGAAGGGCCUCAUCAGUCAACAAGUUAAUGAAAUGAAUGCCGCCUUGACUAAAGCGCAGCAAGAAAAGUUGGCCACCGAGAAGACUCUUGAAGGGCUGAGGGUUAAGUCAAAAUCGGAGGAGGCUGCACGCGUGAAACUGGAGUCACAGCUCCGCGAAAUGUCAGCGCGGAAUCAGAAGGUCGAGGCGGAGCUGAAGAAGUGUUUGAGGGACGCAGAGCAGGAAGUGCAACGGCAGAGGCAGCAGGCCGAGGAACUUCUGCGCCAGAAGAAUCAGAUCGAGGAGCAGUUGUCCUCCGCCACUAAAUCCAUGCAGCAAGACGCCACUGCUAGGCAAACGAAAGCAGUGGAGGAGAAGAUAAUGAGAACAUCCAUUGAGAAGCACACGCGUCAGAAGGAAGCCGACGACAGGAUGAUAUCGACGCUCAAAGAGCAACUGGAAAUGACCGCAGAUUUAAAAGAGAGACUGGAGAAGACUGUCUUGGAAACGAAGAUGCAAAUCGAGGGCACACUUAAGGAAAAGGCUGAAUGUGACAGAAAAUGCAAAUUGCACACAGAACAGAUCGAUUCCUUGACCGCUCGCUUGCAGCAAGCACUGCUACUGAAUCAGGAGAAAGGCAAGACGGAACAAGAGGCUGUCAGGCUAAGAGAUGAAACCACGGUGAAGUUGGAUAAGCUUAAGUUAGAUCACGAUCAAGAACUUAUGAGGGUAAAGCUGGAAGCACAACAGCAGGCCCUAAAACAAGAAGCGAACUUGAAGCAGAAUUUAGAGAGGAAGGACUUAGAGUUGAAAUAUGGGCUCGAGGAAAAAGAAACAUUAGCUCAGGAACUCAAGAUGGUCACAGGUAAAUUAGACAUCCUUGAGAAGACCAAGGCACAAACAGAAAAGACGAUGGUGGAGCUAAAAAAUAAAGCGGAGAAGUCAGAAUUGGAAAAGGCCACAAUGGCCAUGGACGCUGCCAAGCAGAAGACAUUAAUAGACCAAUUGAAGGUGCAGGUCCAGAGAGUGGAGGUGGAAAUGAAGGCGAGGCAAGUAGCCGAGAGAGAGGGAGCGCGCAAGUGCGGAGAGCUGGAGCAGGAGGUUGCCAGGCUACAGGAGGGUGCGAGGGAUGCGGAGCGCCGGCAGAAGAGCGCCGUUGAGCAGGAGACCUCCAGUCGACUGCAGUGGCAGCAGGAGAUGGAGGCCAAGCUGCACCGCAAGGACAGCCAGCUGAAGGAGCUGGGGGCUCAGAGAGAUGCUGCGCAGAGGGCGUACGAGGAGGCGAUGGCGUUGAAGAGGGACACGGAGUUGGAACUGGAACGGCAAAGGAGACGGGUUCAGGAGGACGAGACGAAGUGGGAGGCACUGAGGAUGGAGGCUGUCGGAGCAAAUCGUGUGGCCGAGGAAAGAUAUGCGGAGAAUCAGAGGUUGCUGGAUGAGGUUUCGCAGCAGAAGCUCACAGUAGAGUUACUGCGAAUUGAGGAGUCGCCGCAGACGGUGAAAAGAGAGGAGACGGAAAUCACGCACAAGAUUGAGAUUAUGCAGAAGCAGCUGAAGGAGGACAGCGUGAAAUACCAGCGAGAGCGAGAGUCCAUGCUGCAGAAGCAGCGGAUCCUUGAUGAGGAGAAGGCGCGGCUGGAGAGGACCCUGGAGACGGAGCUAGGCAAGGCCAGGACGCAGCUUGAGGCCGAGGCCCGCAUGCGCAAGCAGCAAGAGGAGGAGAAUGCUCGCCUGCGAGCUCAGAUGGAGGAGACCCUCCGCAAGCAGAAGCUGUACGAGGACGAGUUCCAACGGCGUCAGCGCGAGGCCUUGGACCUGGAGAAGACCAGGUCGGACGAGGAGAAGAAACGCGCCGAGCAAGAGAACAAGGAGCUCCUCAAGAAGCUCAAGAGUCUGGAGGAAGAGACGAAGAGGCAGAACGAGCAGAAGAAGCUGGAGCUGGAGAAGCUGGAGCAGGAGAGGAAACUUGAGAUCCAAAGGCUUGAGGAGCAGAGGAGGAUUGAGCUGCAGAGAAUUGAAGAGCAGAAGAAGAUCGAGAUGCUAGCGUUGAUAGAAAAGACGAACGCAACCCAAACCAAUGGGGAAAUCGAAGUGGAUAAAGCCAAAACAAAUGGAACCAGCAGAAGUUCCACGACCAUAGAGACAACAUACAUGUAUUCUGAGAUAGAAACACAAAAGGAAUUCAAAAAUGCUAUGAUGGAAAUUCCUUGUGGACAAUUUUCUGGCAAGCAAAUGUCAGUGUGGGAGGUGUUGUACAACACAAGUUUGAUCAAUGAGAAUAAGAGAAAUGAGCUAAUUUCGCAGUACCGAACCGGAAAAGUGACCAUCAAACGCAUAAUCAUCAUAGUCAUUGAGAUCAUAACCAGGAUCACAUCAUUUAGCUUCGACGGACUGCGUCGCAAAGUGACGCUGCAGGAGCUAAUGAGCUCUGGCCUCAUCACUCAAAAAACUGCAAAUGAACUCGAAUCUGGUACGACGUCAGUUGAGGAGGUUUCCCAUUCUAUCCGGAACUACCUUGACGGUUUCAUCGGCAUUGCUGGGCUCUACGUCGAGGCAACAAAGGAAAAACUCUCAAUUUACAGUGCAAUCAAGAGGGGACUGCUCAGGCCUGGCACAGGGCUGGUAUUGUUGGAAGCUCAAGCAGCUACAGGCUUCAUAGUCGAUCCUGUGCGAAACCUGAAGUUAUCCGUGGAUGAGGCAGCACAGAAAGCUCUGGUCGGUCAAGAGUACCGCGACAAGCUUUUGUCGGCGGAGAGAGCAGUGACUGGCUACAAAGACCCUUACUCAGGGAAGACCAUCUCACUUUUCCAAGCAAUGAAAAAAGGCCUCAUUCUCAAAGACCAUGGCAUCCGUCUCCUGGAAGCACAGAUUGCUACUGGAGGCAUCAUUGAUCCUCAAGCCAGCCACCGGCUUCCUGUGGAGGUUGCUUACAAGAGAGGACUGUUUGAUAAAGAAAUGAACCAAAUCCUGCUUGACCCAAGUGAUGACACCAAAGGCUUCUUUGACCCAAACACCGAAGAGAAUCUUACCUACCUGGACCUGAUGCAGCGGUGUAUCACUGACGCAGACACUGGUCUUUGCCUGCUCCCACUCAAAGAAAAGAAGAAGGAGCGGAAGAUGUCUUCAAAGUCUUCAGUGAGAAAGCGCAGAGUUAUUAUCAUUGAUCCCGACACAAACAGGGAGCUGACAGUUUCUGAAGCCUAUCGUAAAGGCUUAAUUGACCAUGAAACCUACGUGCAGCUCUCUGGACAAGAGUGUGAAUGGGAAGAGAUUAUUACCACCGGUAGCGAUGGUGUUGUUACUUCUGUUCUCGUUGACAGACGAUCAGGGCGACAGUAUAGCGUGGAAGAAGCUAUCGCUAAAGGUAGCUUAGAUCCGUCAGCCAUAGAGAUGUAUCGUUCAGGUCAGCUUUCUAUCACAGACUUUGGUGACCUCCUGACCGGCAUGCAGAGCUCCAAGAGCACGAGCAGCAUUCAAUCAAAGUCAUCUUCAUUUCCAAUGAGUCCGUUGCUCAGCCCUGACAGCACUGACAGCAUUUGGAGUGACCCUACAGAAGAAUCGUCAGCCAUUGGUGGGAUCCUAGAUACACAGAAGCUCGAGAAGAUCUCAGUCGCAGAGGCCAUGCGCAGGAAGCUAGUGGACAAUUUCACAGGCCAGAGACUCGUGGAGGCACAGGCUUGCACAGGGGGCAUCUUGGAUCCAUUUUCUGGAAAGCGUUACACCAUCAAAGAGGCUGUAACAGAGGGUCUCAUUGAUAGUCGCAUAGGUAACAUGAUCUCAGCAUCAGAAAAGGCAUUCAUUGGGUUUGAAGACCCCAUCACUAAGGCCAAGCUUGGCAUUUUACCAGCGAUGAAUAAGGGCUUGCUGACGUACGAGUCUGGGCGUCGCUACCUGGAGGCUCAGUAUCUGACCGGUGGUAUGGUGGAGCCAGGCAACCCCAAGCGUCUGACACUGGAGGAGGCACUGCCCAAAGGUCUCGUCGAUCAGUCGAACAUCAAGAAGCUACGCGAUGUGGCCACGCACUUCAAGUAUCUCACUUGCCCCAAGACCAGAGCAAGGAUGUCCUACAAGGACGCCCUGGACCGGUCCAUGGUGGAUGCAGAUAAUGGGAUAAGGCUCCUGGAGGCCAGCGGGGUCAUCUCUACAAGCGGUGGGUUGGGUUCAGCGUACGGCUCCCUGACCAGCUCCACAAGUUCAAGGCAAGGCUCGAGGCGAGGCAGCAUCGAUCUGGGAUCGGGCUCGGGCUCAAGCUUUGGAGGCAUCGGCUCCUCUGGUUACAGUUCAGCGUCGUACAGCAGCAUGAGCUACAGCGGCUCUGGAGGCUUCAGUUCUGGGAGCUACACACAGCGGAGAUACUAGUUGCAAUGCACUUAAAGGUUCAGGCACCCGAGAGAGACUGAGGCUCCAGGUUUUGUGUUGACCAUGAUGUUAGUGUGUGCGAUCUCAUUGCUGUCAACGGUUACAAGGUUACAUUAAAAAGAGAGCUCAUUAUUUGAUGAUGAUUCUUUUUUAAUGAGAGGGAAAUUAUUGCUGGCCAUAGUGGUUUAUCACGUGACAUGUUUGUCAUGGAAGAUAAGACCCAUAUUGGUUAGGGUGCAUUUGUAAUGAAACAGCAUUUACUCCCAGUAUAACUUUUUUAACAUUAGUAAAACCAGUAUUAAAUAGUAAAAUAGGUAUGUUCCUGUUUCUACGGUAUAAAUUAAGCUAUAAAUAAGUCAGUAUGGAAAAGGGAAAUUAUAGCAUUAAAUAUUUUACUUGCGGAUUCCAAAUACCACCAUGAAAAGCAAUAUUAAUAUGAAAUGCUUAAAUUAUGUUAUUCAUAAAUGGCGAUCCAUUUUGCAUUUUGUAUGUUCAUUCAUUUCUUUAAAACAAUGUAUGUGCAUGGAGGCUAAGCGCAAACCUAUAUCAAUUUAGUCAGAACUCAAAAAUUGUUCUAAACACAUUUUCUUGAUGUAGCUAUUGCCUUGAAUUAUACCACCUCCACUUGAAUGCAAGAUGUAAAUGCAAAAUGCGCAUCUCAUACUUUUCCAUGCACACUUAAAAUGUUUUCACCUGAAUGGUAUAAACGUUGGUCAACAUAUUACGAGAUACGUACAAGCUUUUGGAAGUCUUCACCCACAUUUCUAUUUUUUUACACUACAUCCUCACUACGCCACACGGAAUUCACUUGCCUGAGCCGGGUGCUCGCGGUGGUGGUAUAAUGAUUUUAUAUAAAGUAUAUAAAAAGCUAAACAGUUGCCAAUGUCAAUUCAAUACAAGUGUAUAAAAUAAAGGUCAAUUCAGUCAUAGCAUGGACAUGUUUAAAAAAAUAUAUAUUUCACGAUUGCUGAGCACAAGGCCUAAAUGCCCCAAACACCGAGUGGGCUUUAACAAACAAACAUUGUUAAAGUUGUAAUGAAUAAAAUCCGGUUGUGUUUUUGGCUCAGGUUUAAGCAGGCAAUUUACUCCAUCUCAUGUUUUCCAAUUCACUUGCUGCGUAAAUAUAACGGUCACUUAAGCGUCGCUUAAGUGAGAGGUGGUCACAGGUGCGUUACGUAAAAGUGCCCGUUUGUUGCAAUCGGCCAGUGAACCAGCAACCAAUGGGGCUUCAGGGUGUAAUCGAACGGGCUCUGAAUUUCCAAGUGGAAAUUACAAGACGGUUGAACAAUCGUCAAGCACCACCAGGGUGCAAUCCUCACGUUGUAAGUUCCACUGCGGUGGCUGUGAACGCUUCGUCGUAUAUACGAUGGGCAGAUGCUGAGCUUUCACCAGCGUGGUUCUAAAAUAACUGUUAAGGAGUUUUAUUAAUUUACGGUGGAGUAAGGUACGUCUAAAUGAAUUAUACAGAAGCGUGUAUACAUGACGUUACAUACGGUUAUGAAUUAGAUCCUUGCAAUGUUUUAAUUGAAACUGGAAAACGCAAGUGCACAGAUAAAAGUGACUGACACCAUUGGCUUGCGCGUAUUUAGGCGCUUUUGCAACCAAAAGCUUCAAUUUAUUAUUUGAUAUAUUUUGUACAAAAUGGUUUUAGGGGAUGCAUGCAGGAAUUUUGUUUCUCAUUUAAAGCAGAUGUUUUGAAAUUAAAGUACUUAAUCAGACUAUAUUUUUGCAUGAAUGCUUUAUUGAAUAAAAUCUCUCCAAUGUCGUUUAAAUUGUUUUCAAUUUUGCUGAUGUGCUUAACUGGCAAGUUUGCUUGGGCAUUGUUCUAUGUAUUUCAUUUAUAAGAGCAUGCAUGUGUUUUGGUUCCAGUCAUAUCUGUAUUUACUCAGUACAUUAACAAAUAUCUCUACUGCAUUCGAUGCAAUUGUAACCUUUCUUAAAUGCUGUUUUUAGCCUUUGACUACUGACCCAACUGACCAAGUGAAUGCAGCUAGCAUUACAUAGGGAAAUAGUGUAGAAAAACUGUACUUGUGAAUAAAGGUAUACAUAUAUCGAC